UCUGAAUCUGGACUUCAAGCAGCAGAGCGCCUAAGACAGCUCGUCUGAACCACACUGUGUUGCAAUGCUCACUCUUCUCAAGGAAAAAGACUCCUCUGAGUAGCAGAAUGCUGCCAACGUUGCAGCUAGGGCUAGAAUACAGAAUCUUUCUAUAACAUUUUGAAAUCUCUUUCUGUUUAUAUAUUUAGAAACACAUACCUACACUGACAUAUCAGUUCUGCUUUUUUGAGGGCACCUUUGGCUUGUGUUAGCCUGAUGUGACUUCUUCGUCUUGCAAUGAUGGGAAUCUUUCUUGUUUAUUUUGGAUUAAUUUUCUUUUCAGUAAUGUAUAUCCAGCAAGGACUUUCUACCCAAGCAAAAUUCACUGAGUUUCCCCGAAAUGUCACAGCCAGUGAAGGGCAGAAUGUGGAGAUGUCUUGUGCUUUCCAAAGUGGUUCCACUUCGGUGUACCUCGAAAUCCAGUGGUGGUUUCUGCGGGCAGAUGAGGACCAAGAGGCUGAAGCUGAGGUGACAGGCACUCAGGUGGAGCUCCUGCCCGAACGAGACCUGGAUAGCGACGGCACGAAGAUCAGUACAGUGAAAGUACAAGGGAAUGACAUCUCCCACAAGCUGCAGAUUUCAAAAGUGAGAAAAAAGGAUGAAGGCUUCUAUCAGUGCAGGGUGACUGAUGCCAACUAUGGAGACCUUCAGGAAUACAAGGCCCAGGCAUUUCUCAAAGUCAAUGCUAAUAGCCAUUCUCGGCGAAUGCAAGCCUUCGAGGCAUCUCCGAUGUGGUUGCAAGACACAAAACCGCGCAAAAACAUCUCAGCAGCUGUUCCAAGUAGCAUCCAUAACUCUGCCAGUCAGCGUGUGCAUGCCACCUCUAGCCCUGAAGCAGCAGCCAAAAUCCCCAACAAAAGUCCACAAUCAGCAAAGAGCAAAUCGCCUGUAAAAUCCACGGAGCGGACAGCAAAGUUGACCCUAACCUCCAACCACCACUCUGCACCCAGUGUACUCUAAAUCUCUACACAAGGAGCACCUUCUUCAGGAAGUACAAACAAAAAUAUGAAAAUAGAUAAUUACUAUAAUACAAUAGAAUAUAAUAUAAAAAGAAGAGGAUACCACAUGUUUUCCUUCUAUAUCUUAUUUUCUUUGGCAUUUCACUUAUCUUUCAUUUGAAGAGAAUUGGUGUGAUGUAAUCAGAAGUUUUGGAACAGCAAACCCCAGUUUUCUCUCAGCAAGGAGAAGCCUCAUCCUUGACUGCUCAGGGGCUGGCCUGCGAGUCAUCAGUAUUACAGAAUUAACCAAGGAUGACAAUUGGUUUCCUGUGCUGAAAGAACCAUUCCAGCCUGGAAGCAAACAUAGUGAUUUAACAUCAACCCAAACAAAAUACCCCACAGACUUUGUUAAAAAAGAAAUUUCUUU